CUCCUAGAGUGUUUGUGAUGUCAUCAUAUCCUGUUCAGUCUCGUGGAAGAGACCAGGGAGAGGGACAUCUCCCCUUCAUAGUUUAUCUUGUUAGUAAGUAAGCAACCCAGAGUCUUUUCAUCAAAGAAUCACAGUGGAGGCCCUAGACUUUCUUCACUGAUUUGGAAACCUCAAGACUCUGGGAAAUUUCUAACUAAAAGGUUGCUUUGAAGAUAGCUAACAGGAGACUAUGACCACCCUCUCUCCAGAAAACAGCUUCUCUGCCAUGAAGUCAGCUUCUUUUAUCCUGGUAAAGAGAAAACCACCAAUUGACAAGACAGAAUGGGAUAGCUACUUUGAUGAGAAUGGUCACUUAGCCAAAUCCCGAGACUUUAUUUGCCUCAAUAUCCUGGAGAGGGGUCUGCACCCCUUUGUAAGGACGGAGGCAUGGAAGUUCCUCACAGGCUACUACUCAUGGAGGAGCUCCAAGGAUGAGCGCCUGAUGGUGGACAGCACCCGGAAGAAAAACUAUGAAGCUUUAUGUGAAAUGUAUGAAAAAAUCCAACCACUCCUGGAAAAUCUGCACCGGAAUUUCAUCGAGACACGAAACAACAUCUCCUAUGACAUCCAGAGGCUCUAUGACAAGGACCCAAUGGGCAACGUGGUCAUAGACAAGAAACGCCUGGAGAAGAUCUUGCUGCUGAGUUACGUGUGCAACACAGAGACAGAAUACCAGCAGGGCUUCCAUGAGAUGGUGAUGCUCUUCCAGCUGAUGGUGGAAAAUGACUAUGAGACCUUCUGGCUUUUCCAGUUCUUUCUGCAAAAGAUCGAACAUAGUUGUGUGAUUAAUAUCGGGGUGGCGAAGAACCUGGAAAUUCUCAGCUCUCUGAUUUCUUUCCUGGAUCCCACCUUUGCUGAGCAUUUGAAAGGGAAAGGCGCAGGAGCUAUACAAGCCCUCUUCCCCUGGUUCUGCCUCCUCUUCCAAAGGGCAUUCAAGUCAUUCGAUGAUGUCUGGAGACUCUGGGAGGUCUUGCUAACGGGGAAACCCUGCAGGAAUUUCCAGGUGAUGGUGGCCUACAGCAUGCUGCAGAUGGUGAAAGAGCAAAUCCUUCUGGAGAGUAUGAAUGGUGAAAAUAUCGUCAUGGCCUGCAAUAAUCUUAUUGACCUUGAUGCUGACGAGCUUAUCUCUUCUGCCUGUUUGGUCUAUGCUGAACUAAUGCAAAGGGAUCCUCCAGAACCUUUAAAACAAUUUUUCCAGUAAGGAGACAACCGCACCAUGCUCAAGUUGGACAGACAUAGUUACCUGGGCAGUAAUGUCAAGAACAAGGCAUUAGGAUGAGGGAAUAAUACAGCACCACUGGAAAUAA